GAUCUCAUUAGCUGUCCUUAUUACUUCCAAAAGCCUCAUGAGUAACGCGAAUCCAGUAAAAAUGGAGCUUCAAAGGAUCUCUUUCCUGUGUGUUACCUCCGCUCUUAUACUUCUCUUCCCCUCCUCUGAAUCAAACGCUUUCAAGCAAUGCCCGGCAUGCGGGUCGGCCCGGGUUCCAUACCCGUUUAGCACGGGACCCGGUUGUGGAGACCCGAAUUACAAAAUCAGGUGCAGUGGCAGCACACUAUGGUUCGAUACACUCAACGGCUCGAGCAAUCCGAUCAAAUCAUUCGACCCGGCGGCACAACGGCUCAUUCUACAACCACCCGGCUUUAAACCCAAUACCUGCAUGGCCGCCGAUAUGCAGAACCAUGGUAUCCAGCUUGACCCGAAUCUUCCUUUCAAUGUCAGUGACAGGAACACGGUUAUAAUCACAAACUGUACUAAAGACGGUCUGGAUUCUUACAUCUCCGUCGGGUUUUACUGCUCGGAGAGUAGCUUGUGCCACAAGUUUUUGGUCGAAAAUCUGGAAGCUCGUGAAAACUGCAGGGACCGAAAGGUGAACUCGUGUUGCUGGUACAAGACAGGUGGGACUAUCAACACAUAUAAACUGUACAGAGCAAGAGAAGAUAAGUGUUCUGCUUACCAGAGCUACGUGGAUUUGGAUCUGAGUUUGCCGGUGAGCAAGUGGGGUGACCCGGCUGUGGAGAUCGAAUGGAAUCCACCAAGAGAACCACCCUGUAAGUUUUCCGGUGAUUGCAAAGGCUUGGCGAACUCAGUUUGCACAGCUGAUCCUGAAAAUUUAGGUCAAAAGAGGUGCUUCUGCAAAAAAGGAUUCCAAUGGGACUCCGUCAAUGGAGUUUGUAAAGUAGUGGGCAGAUGCUCUGAAGGAAAAAGGUGCAAGAAGUGGAGCAAAGUGCCAAUGAUAGGAGGUUUGGUCGGAGGGAUCGGGUCGAUAUUGAUGGCCGGUUGGGUCGUCAAGCUCAGGAUUGCAAGACAGAAUCGUCGGAUCGCUGGAAGCAGAUCGUGGAAGAGCAUAUGCAAAUUACAGGCGAAGAUAUUAGGAGCCCACAGUGGAGGAUUUGAUAGAAUCUUUUCCGGCAAGGAAAUCAUCAAAGCGACCAACGAUUUCGCCAAUUCCAAUCUCAUCGGCUUCGGUGGCUUCGGGGAGGUGUUCAAGGGCGAUUUAGAUGACGGAACCACCAUCGCCGUCAAACGAGCCAAGCUCGGGAACGAGAAGAGCGUAUACCAGAUAGUGAACGAAGUCCGCAUUCUCUGCCAAGUUAGCCACAAGAAUCUAGUGAAGCUAUUGGGUUGCUGCGUGGAACUCGAAAUGCCGAUUCUGGUCUAUGAAUUCGUCCCUAAUGGAACCCUAUUCGACCACCUCCACGGUGUUUCCUCCGUCUCCUACGACCCUCUCCCAUGGCUUCGCCGACUCCUAAUCGCUCAUCAGACAGCCCAAGCACUCGCAUAUCUCCACUCAUCGGCGACACCGCCGAUUUACCACAGAGACAUCAAAUCGAGCAAUAUCCUCCUCGAUUCCAACCUAGAUGCGAAGGUAUCCGAUUUUGGAUUGUCCAGAUUGGGGGUAAGUGAUGUGAGCCAUGUGACGACCUGUGCGCAGGGAACCCUAGGGUAUCUAGAUCCAGAGUAUUACCUGAAUUUCCAAUUGACAGACAAGAGCGACGUGUACAGCUUUGGAGUGGUCCUGAUCGAGCUUUUGACAUCGAAGAAGGCGAUCGAUUUCAAUCGGGAGGAAGAAGAUGUGAACCUGGCGGUGUUCGUGAGGAAGGCGUUGAGGGAGGAGAGGUUGCCGGAGGUGAUAGAUCCGGUGAUCGGGAAAAGAGCGACGGCGGAGGAGAUGGAGAGUAUGAGGGACUUAGGGUUUCUGGCGGAGAGGUGUUUGAAGGAGACGAGGCAUGAUCGACCCACGAUGCAAGCCGUGGCCAAGGAGCUCGAGACUCUCAUGCAUGCAGUUGCUUGUGAGUUUUGA